GCGUGAGGAGGGCCGCCGUCGUCGUCGAAGGACCGGACCGGGGACGCCGCGAUGUCGAGCGGGGCACCGGGCAGUGCCGUGUCGGACCCCCAGCAUCCGGCCCGGCUCCUGCGGGCGCUGAGCUCCUUCCGCGAGGAGGGCCGCUUCUGCGACGCCCACCUGGUCCUCGAAGGCGAGGAGAUCCCGGUGCAGACCAAUAUCCUGGCCGCCGCCAGCCCUUACAUCAGAACAAAACUGAACUACAAUCCUCCAAAAGAUGAUGGCUCCACAUAUAAAAUUGAACUUGAAGGGAUAUCUGUUGACAUUAUGAAAGAGAUAUUAGACUACAUCUUCAGUGGUCAGAUCAGGCUAAGCGAAGACACUAUCCAGGAUGUUGUGCAAGCUGCCGAUCUAUUGCUGCUUACAGACCUAAAAACUCUGUGCUGUGAGUUCCUAGAGGGCUGCAUCGCUGCUGAAAACUGCAUUGGAAUCCGGGACUUUGCAUUGCACUAUUGCUUGCGUCACGUUCAUUAUCUUGCCUCAGAAUAUCUGGAAACGCACUUCCGGGAUGUCAGUAGUACAGAGGAGUUCCUGGAACUGAGUCCUCAGAAAUUAAAGGAAGUGCUAUCUUUGGAGAAGCUGAACGUUGGGAAUGAAAGAUAUGUUUUUGAAGCAGUCAUCCGGUGGAUCUCCCACGAUCCCGAAUUAAGAAAGGUUCACAUGAAGGAUGCCAUGUCGGCUGUGUGGGUAUCUGGGCUAGACUCCGUGUACUUGCGUGAGCAAAUGAUGAGUGAGCCAUUGGUACGGGAGAUUGUCAAGGAAUGUAACAACAUUCCACUCACUCCACCCCAACAGGGGGAAGCAAUGCUAGCUUCUUUUAAACCUAGAGGAUACUCAGAGUGCAUUGUGACAGUUGGCGGUGAAGAAAGAGUAUCACGAAAACCAUCCGCAGUAAUGCGAUGCAUGUGCCCCCUCUAUGAUCCUAACAGACAACUGUGGAUAGAACUAGCCUCUUUGAGUAUACCCAGGAUAAAUCAUGGCAUACUUUCAGCAGAAGGGUUCCUGUUUGUUCUCGGAGGUCAAGAUGAAAAUAAAGUCACUUUAGGCUCUGGAGAAAAAUAUGAUCCAGAUACCAAUUCAUGGAGCUCUUUACCACCAAUGAAUGAGGCACGACACAACUUUGGUUUGGUAGAGAUUGAUGGAGUAUUAUAUAUUCUGGGAGGUGAGGAUGGAGAACAAGAGCUCAUCUCUAUGGAAUCCUAUGACAUUUAUAAUAGGACGUGGACAAAGCAACCAGACCUAACUAUGAUUAGGAAGAUUGGUUGCUAUGCAGCUAUGAAAAAGAAGAUCUAUGCAAUGGGCGGUGGUUCAUAUGGCAAGCUCUUUGAAUCUGUUGAAUGUUACGACCCGAGGAUCCAACAGUGGACAGCUAUUUGUCCACUAAAAGAGAGAAGGUUUGGGGCUGUAGCGUGCGGAGUCGCUUCAGAGCUCUACGUCUUUGGUGGAGUGAGAAGUCGUGACGAUAAUCAAUCCAACGAGAUGGUGACAUGUAAAUCAGAGUUCUAUCAUGAUGAAUUUAAAAGGUGGAUCUACUUGAAUGAUCAGAAUUUAUGUAUCCCGGCCAGUUCUUCAUUUGUAUAUGGAGCUGUGCCCAUUGGCGCUAGCAUUUAUGUGAUUGGGGACCUUGAUACAGGUACCAAUUAUGAUUACGUUCGAGAGUUUAAAAGAAGCACUGGAACUUGGCACCAUACAAAGCCAUUAUUUCCAUCCGAUCUUCGGCGUACCGGAUGCGCAGCUCUGCGUAUAGCGAACUGCAAGCUUUUCCGGCUCCAGCUCCAGCAAGGAUUGUUCCGCAUCCGUGUUCCUUCUCCUUGAGAGUCCAUCAGAAAGCUGAAGAGAUGGGACGAGCUUGAGAAAGACACCACCCUAACAAUAUAGCUUUAUAUAAGGGAAAAACAAACAUCUUGCAACAGAAACGUAAACUGUAUGCUCAGCUUUGAUAUGGUAACUGUUCUAACUUUUGUUCCCCCCAAACUGCUUAAGUGCUUAAGCCUCAGCAUUUGCUUUGAGGCAAGUCAUUGUACGUUGAGCAAUGAUUAAGGAGACACCUUCAGUUCAAUUUAUCUAAAGAUAAUAAACCAUGCUGUUGAAGCAAUUCCUUUGCUUCAGAUGAGGAAGAGUGGGUUAAAAAAAAAAAAGGAAUCUACUGAAACGGAGAGAAAUAAGCAAGAUGCAUUUUCACCAAGGGAAAUUAUUCUGAAUAACUCUGCCAGGUUGACCUUGGGUAGCACUGAUUGUAGAAGAAAUACCAUAUGAAAAUCAAUCUCACUGGUAUGCCAAAAGAGACUGUUAACUCCACUGUGGAGAGAGGUGGGCAAUUGCACCUUUAUUUCAAGGCCUUCGUCACAAUUUAAGGUCUGUGCCUGAAAGAAUAGAAUUGUACAUACGUCAUUUUUCAGUGUGUUCCGUUCUUAAGAAUCUUUUUUUAAAUAUAUUUAAAUGGACUAAACUAAACGGAGCUAAGAAUUACACUAUAAUAGAAAAUGGAAAA